AUGAAAGCAGUUGUCUAUAGUGGACAUCUUGAUAGAAAUUCCAGCAAAAUUAAGGAGGUUCCCAUUCCAACAAUCAAGGACAAUCAAAUUCUUAUAAAGACGAUAGCAUGCGCUUUGAAUCCAUUCGAUUUCAGAAGUCUUGAUUUUCAAGAAAAAGGAGCCAUACUUGGAUGUGAUGCCAGUGGAAUUGUUGUUGAAGUAGGAGAAGACAUUGAGGAUUUCAAAGUUGGUGAUCAUGUGUCAACGUUUAUAAACUCUUUCAUCGUUAAAGAUAUUGGAGCCUUUGCCGAAUAUGUAAUUGGUCAUCCCUCAACUACAAUCAAAUAUGAUCAUUUAUCUGAAGAUCCACUACCUAUAGGAAGAAACCCUUCAACCAACAUUACAACAUUUGAAGCAGCAGCAUCCAUAACUCUAAGUAUGGCAACCGUGGUCAAUUGCCUAGUUGUCAACUUCCAAAUUCCAUUUGACAAAGAAUUAAAUAAAGACAAAUACAUCCUAAUAUGGGCAGGAACAACAUCUUCAGGAGGACUAGCAAUCCAGCUUGCAAAAUUAAUCUUUGGACUCAAAGUAGUCACCACAGCCCUCCCACGGCAUUUCGAAUAUGUGAAAUCAUUAGGCGCGGAUGAAGUAUUUGAUUAUCAAUCACCUUCACUAAUAACCGACAUCCAAGAAGUAGUGAAAGGAAAGAUAGAAUAUGCAUUUGAUACAGUAGGCACCGCCAGAUCUAUCCAAAUGGUCUAUGAUACCGCAUUGACUUCAAUUUCCCCAGUACUGUUUGAGAAUUUGGAUUUCUUCACCGAAGCAAACCAUGAGCUCUUGGCGGACAGGAAGGAUCGAUUUUUUUGUUCUUUUAGAGGAGCAGUCUGGGGAGAUCCAUUGAAUGAAUCGGGGGCAAAUAUAGGAUUGGAUGAUGAGGCUAUUGAAAGGUUUAGAAACUUCUGGGAUUUUGAGUUGGGAAAGGUUAUUAAGGAGAUUAAAACACUCGAGUUGGUGGUGAUGGAUGGUGGGUUGGAGAGUGUACACGGUGCAUUGGAAUAUUUGCGGGAGGAUAAGAUUAGAGCCGAGAAACUCGUGUUUAGAAUCUAG